GAUUUGUACAACCCCGCAAGCAGAGGACUCAGUAGGUGCCUAGCUGGCGCUCUGUAGGCGCGCUUCCCCAGCUGACACAUGCAGGACUAGCAAGGUGGACGGAAUUAGGGGGUUUGGGAUGUGCUCUUCAGCCGUGAAGCGGUUUAGCAUGUAGUUUUGGUUUGGGAGCUGGACAGAACCGGCGGGCAGAGGAGGCGAUGCAGAGCAAGCCCCGGCGCAACGUCGGGGCUCUGGCGCGACUGCUGAGCUCUCUCGGGGGGCUGUCGCGGGGGCCGAGAGCUCCCGUCCUCCAUCAGGAGCAUGAGGCUGAGCAGAAGCCUCCAUCUCCCGGGCUAUAAGAGCCAGGCGAGGCCUGAGGUGGGGCUACCGUCAGCUGGAAGUGCCUCCCUGGAAGCAGAUUAGCUUUACAUGAAACCUGUGGCUGACAGCCUGCCCUGUUGUAUCCACCGCCUGGCAAAAACACUCUGAGGAGAAAGCCGAGGGCAAACCGCAUCUCUGAGACAGUCCAUGGGGACUGUACCAGAUCCUCUGAGAUCUGCCAAGCUUUCCCUGGCCACAGCAUCUGCGGAGGAGGACCAGCUGGGAGACCGGCAUCCUGCUAAGCACCAGCCCCAGUUACCCAGUGGAGAGAAGGCCAGCAAUGGCUUCCCAUGCACGCCAUCCAGCUCUGCUGGAGUUUGCUUGUCUGACCUGAAACGCACAGCAGCUGCCAGCACACAGAGGUGUGAGCAAUGCUGCGAGGACGAUGCUAACCAGCGUGAAGCCUUUCCUCUUGGUAUCUCCAGCAAAGCUGUGGAAGGGUGUCCUGCAUCCAUAGAGCCUGCUGGACCACCAGCAGCGGCACCCUCUGCAGCAGGAGCCCCUUUGUCGGGGUGUGGGCCAGAGAUGAUGCCAGCCCCACAGAGCUCCCGGCAGUUUGUGCAGGGCAGCCAGGCGAAAACAAGCUCCCUGACACAAAUAGAUGACUCUGUCCUGAAACCUCAGGGGACUGAUGAUCAGCCAGCACUUGAGGUGUUGAAUUAUCCUUCCCCAGGUGACCCUGUCAGGGGUAAUGAGUCCUGUCCUGCUUCUCAGGCAAACCUUCUGCAAAGAGGGGAGAAAGACAGGGGAGCGGAAAAGUCAGCAAGGCACACAGAAGCUGCCCUGGGAAGAGGCCCACAGACCAGUCUGGAGGCAAAAAGUGGGGCUACAGACACCACGCAGUUGCAUCCCACAGAUAAGACUGAAGAGGUGCAGAGCAGCAAGGCACCAGCCCAGUCUAGCCACGAGAGCCAGCAUCCCGUGCCCAGCGCAGACCCUGGGCUGGGGAAUCCAGCCCCUACCCAGCUCUCCAGAUUCAGAGAAACAGGUACAAUGACGGUUCAGGCAGAGAGCAGCUCUUUAACUCAGGAAGCAGUAAGCAGGACAUGGCGAGAUGCUGAGGUUCAGGCCGUGGCUACUGUGGAGAGCAAAUCAGCCUCCACCAGUCCCAGCAUCCUUGCUGCCUUCCUAAAAGGGAAUCCUCCUCCAGAGGAGAAGGAAGAACUGCACAUAAUUUACCAAGGAGGGAUGGGGCUGAGCCAGUGUGCGCUUACUGACAGUUUAUCUUCACAGCAGAAGUCCCCAUGUUCUCCUGGUACCACAUCAAAAUCAACAGUUGUUAUGGCUGUGCCUGCUUCAGCCCAAACUGAGACUGUCAAACUGCCUGGGGUCCCAUCUGAUGUGGUGUCUCCAGUGUCAGCAGAUAAUGCAAAACCUGUUUUCCCCAUGUCCCCAGCAGCCAUUACCUCCCAAGAGACAUCUGGGGGUAAUGGUGAAAUGAUGGGUGCAGCCCAUGAAGGCAGGGGUGCUGCUCAGCUGCCAGUGGAUGCUCCAGUCCCAUCAAAGCCCAUCCCUGUUGGGCUGCUUGUAGUUGACUCCAGUAAUCAAACUCCAGCACAGUAUGGGUCUGGUGCUGGUGAACCAAGCACCACUUGUCCUGCUGCUGCCCCAGGAAUCCAGAGCAAUGUGCAAGAUCCUGUCCAUGAUGCACGAAGCAGUCAGUUAUCUUUACUCUGUAGUACUGACAGAGAAGUCAAGGAGAAGGAAGUCCUGGGCAGCUCUGAGCAAAAGCCUGCACAAAGUAAGGGUUUGAGUCAAGGGGAGGCCAUUCCUAAUCAAUCCAUGGUAAAACCAAAGGAAGAAAUCUCAAUGGUGCUUGAUCCUAAAGGAGAGAUGAACGUUAGCAGCCAACCUGCUGCUGUCCACAUAAAGGCGUCCUCAAAGGAUGCAGGUGAAAAGGAGAGCAGAAGACAGGAAGACACUGGCCAGGCUCAGACAGUCGGCAGCCAGAGCCUGCAGGCAGGACUGAUGCCUAAGUUGAGUGUGAGCUCUGCACAUUCCACCCUUUCUUUGGAAGCAUCAGCAGCUCCCCAGCAGCAGGGCCUCCAUGCCAAGGAGUCCAGACGCGAGCUUCACACAGCAGCUCAUCCUGCUUCAGUUCAGGCCUUACCAAACCUGGGGGAAAACAAAAAGCAUCCCACCCCAGCCAUGGAGGCAAAAGUGCAGGUGAAGCAGUCCAAACACGUCAGGGAUGUUGUUUGGGAUGAGCAGGGCAUGACAUGGGAGGUUUAUGGUGCUUCCCUCGAUCCAGAAUCCCUGGGAAUUGCCAUCCAAAACCACUUACAGAGACAAAUACGGGAACAUGAGAAACUGAUCCGGGCCCAGAACAGUCAGACCCGGAAAUCCAUUUCUUCGGAUACAUCCUCAAAUAAAAAACUGAAAGGGAGGCAGCACAACAUGUUCCAGUCCAUGCUGCAGAAUUUUAGGCGUCCCAAUUGCUGCGUGAGACCUGCUCCCUCUUCUGUGUUAGACUGACGUGGUUUGCAGGGGUGCAUAGAUGUCUCUGAUGGUAGAGAGAAUCCCUGCCCUCAAGUCUUGAGUCCUGCUGUUGUGUUAUUGGGGUUGUGAUGAAGCAACAGUGGAAAACUGUUCCCUUUUGUUUUUUAAGUAGCCACGCGCUCCAUAAUGCCGUUAUUAUUGCCACAGCUGGUGUGUUUCCACUUUACACCCCCAUCCCAACUGCUGUCAGAUGAAAAGCUAGGCACUUAGCAAAAGCACAAACUUAAAUUGACACCUUGCUGCAGAGACAGCAGCACCUUCUGAUACAGCAAGAAGCAGAGAGAUUGUCAUAAGUAUUAUGGGAAGUUAUUUAUGUGCAUCGCGAGGUCUUACACAAAGGGGUGGGCUGGGGGAAGCCGGGUAAGGUGAAGCUAAGGUUCAACAGCUGUAAAGAACUAAUGCAAGACAACUUUCCUGGUAAGUUACCCACGCUGAGGCAAGUCUGAAAAGGUUAUGGACAUUGAUCCCCAAGCAGUCUCACUUUUGUUGAUACUGCGGGGCAUUGUUCUCUUGUAAGCCCCAGAGAGCAGGGUCUUCCCCUCCUGUUGAAAUGGAGAGCCAGGCUGAAGGAUUAUCUCUUUGGGAGAAGUUAAGUCAAUGGGAUUUUUAUGGCUAGAAGGGGAGGUGAGAGGGUGAUAUAUUCUAUGGGCUUUGUCUCCCCAGACAUGUUUAAAGUGUAAGCAGGCGAUGCACACAGGGCACGCAAGGCACGAGAGAACAUAUCAGUAGAUGUACCUGCAUCCGACAGUGCGGUGCCCUCUCUCAUGCUGUGGCACUCCAGCCAAGUCUUUCAAAAGCAGUGAGCCAUUACAGCUCCUCAGCUGGGGUGGGCAGCCCCUGCUCCCAGCCUCCUGUGGCACUGAGCACCUCUCAUCCAAAUCACUCUUUAAAGUGAUGUAGAUCUUUUUUCUCUCUCCAGAGAUACACAGUACCAUUUUCCCAUAGGAGCAGGCUAUCCUGUGCAUCUGGGUCCAUGAGCCUACUGGUCUAGUGUGUUACACUGAUUUCUCCUUUAAAGUCCUUAGCCAAUUCUACUUCUUUUGCAGUAUUUUGGUGCUUUUCUUGCUGCCUUUCAGAAACUGAAUACCAUUUAUUUAGCCUGUGCGUAUUUUGUUUUACCUAAUGCUCUCUAUAUUAUAAACCAUUACAUUGUUAACUUGAAACAUUUACUUUACAGAAGUACUGAAAUCUUGAGACAAUCUUUGAUGUAUUUCUGAUGUUAGAAAAGUUGUAGAAACUGCUAAUAAAAAGUAGCUUAGUGACUGUUUCUCCGCAAAUGUGAUAUACAAUAAUGUCUUAAAUGUACGUUGGUUACAUUUCUCACCUUAAUAAUAUUUUUCAACCUGGGAAGUGUGUUUCCCACUUGGUUUUUAUUCUGUCCAUUAGAGUUCAUGAUGGGAAGCUGGAGAACUCCUGCGGUCUGUAGAAAAUUUAGGUUUCAAUCCGACAAAGCACUGCAGAUUUGGAUACUGUAAUUCUGCAGCGUACUAGAGUUAAAUAGGCAUUAUUUUUAUUCCAUUAAAGGUUUUUCAUGAAUCAUGCUGAUAAUUUAUUUCUGUCUGUAGUACUACACACCUGACUUACUCUGUAAAUAUCACAGGUUUACACAGUGUAAAUGAGUAUUAAUAUUUUUUUUUCUUUUUCUGUAAAGCAGAUCUUAGGUGGUACCCUUUUAUUUAGGAGGCUGGACUUUUUGAGUGUAUCAACUGCCAAGGCUUCAAAGCAGCUGUCUGGGGCAAUUUUUCCCCAGCAGAGAGGUAAAAUGCUGUAAGAUACAGUAUUUUAACCAAGUUCACUGCAAGGUGUUGCCCAUAGAUGUUGUAUUGAAUUGACUCCGAGGUUUCGUCUGGUAUAUAUUUGGAGGCUUUAUAGCACGUUCUUGUUCCAUUUCUGUACAUUACUUCAAGUCCUCUCCCACUUGAUGCUGAAUUGUUAAUUCUGAAAUACCACAUUAGAGAGUGUCUUCUCACCUCUGCCUGCAGGAGGAAAGUCUCAUGCCCUUUUUCUGUUAGUACUACUGUUUCCGUCCCCUCCCUAGAAGCGUCUGAGAUGUGUUAUUUCACGUGAAGUUUUGUGCGGGAUUAACAUUGGCAGUAUCAUUAGGUCAGGUUAGUUGACAAGUUCGGUGUCUCUUACCACUUUGCAUCUGUCAGCCCUGAAGAGGUUCCCCAACUUGUCUGCAAGUGUUUGCUGUGUCCUCUCCAGGUCCAAGGCUUUUUGCUGCUCCUUUUGCCUACCUUCUGCCCCUUCCCUUGCUAGCUGCUGCCCAGCCUGUCUUCCUGUGAAAAGAUGUCCCUUGGCUCAGCUUGCAUCCCUCUUGCUGCUGUCCCACUCGCUUGUACCAUUGUGAGCCGGCUUAUUCUGAACUGCCCCUUUACAAAUAUGCUGAGUCUGAAUAUAUAAAUGGAUUGUCAUAUUUUUUUUCCAGAGGAGAAUAAAUGGCUAUUGCACAUUCACCACUUUCCAUGAAUUUUAUCCUUUAGCUUAAGCUCUCCGAAAUAUUUCCAGCAUAUGGGUAUAAGUUUCUUUAUUGAACCAAACUGGGUUUGGCAACGGAUGAGCAGGGUGUUGGGCCAGCACUAGAAUUAACUCUUCUUUGUGAGGAAUGGAAGGUCCGUCCUUGUUCCCUGCAGCUGCUUCCAUCUGUGAGUCUUCACCACACACACCUCCCUCCCUAUCCCAAAUGACCUUUCUUCCAGGAAGAUCUCAUCAAUACAUACGUGCUGCAAAACACCAAUGGACAAGUUACUAAGUUACACCAUAACAACUGCAUGAGCAUAACUGGAAAAAACAUAGUGGUCAGCAGAGCACUGUGCUUUUGUACUCUGGUAAAGACAAGUGCAAAGACAAACAGCAGAAUGUCAGUGAUGCUGCCUGCUGGGCACAGAAGUCCUGCAGGGGUGCAUUUGAAGCCAAGCAAUAAUGUGCCAAAACCCAGCGCACAAAAACAAGUCAAUAAUCACCAGUGCAUCUCAUGGGAAAUACUAUAGGUUUUCACUUUGCCUUGCUUAGGGCAGACAGUAGGCAACCUGUUAGUUUAACACUGGUAAUUUAUGCUUUCUCUUGCAUAGAAUCUCUAGAUAACGACGUAAAUCCUCAUGCGGAUGAUGCAUAUUUCACCAGCAGCAAAACAGAACUAUGUUUUGGGUAGCAAACAGCAAAUAUUCUGCUGGUGGUCUUGUAGCAGUCAAGAAGGACUAUUCUUGUCAAAAAUGGAAGCAUGCUGGGCAUAGUAGUAUGGCAAAGGGUAGGGGGAGAUGAUCUGUGUGCCACCACUACCCUCUCUUUCUCUGCCCAGUGAACCAGAAUCAUGUUAUUUGGUUGGAUGGUUAACAACCAAGGAAAUCCAUUUGGGCUAAUAAAAAGAGGAUUCAAAACAGAAAGGACAUUGUCAUUCCCAAGAGUAAAUCUGUAUUGAAAAAAAAAACAAGAGAAACCUGUGUUGCAACCUAGCCAGCUGAAGUAACUCUUAAAUUCUGUUUGUUAAGAUGAGAAAUUUGUGAAACAAGCUAAUUGUCAGGAAAUUCUUCCCUGUUGGUUGGAUCUUCUGGGAAGUUUGACAUGGUCAGAACCAUUAAUAAAAGCAGUGAAUGAGAAUGGAAGAGUUACUUCUAAUUUCACUUUAGGAGCAUGAGACUAAGCAUGUUUCAAUGUCACCAAUACAAAUCCUGAGUUGAAGGAGAAUCUUGUUGCAUGCAAUUUGCAAUAUAGUCCUGGAUUUCGUAUGAGGCUUUGACAUUCACCACUUGUCUGGUGUCUGCCAGCUUUGUGUUGCUGUGGGCACAAGUGCUGAAAUCCUGCCUUUUUUCUGCUGACUUGAUUUUGAAAAGAGUGUGGAAAGAGCUGGAGGGACAAGGAGGAGAAUAUUUGCUUUCUCUAUUUCAGAGGAAGAAAACCUUCUUUUGACUAUACAAGACGGGAGGGAGGGACCAAAAGAGAAGUAAAAGGAAGCUGAUGCAGAUGCUUCACAAGGAAUUCCCAAUCCUAUGUCUGUAAAGCCAGCGUUUUGCCCAUUUGCUUAUUCUGAGCACACACUUUUGUCAUACUGUCAGUGUCCCAUGGCUUUUAGGAAAAUUAACGUUUCUAAAGGCUGUAUAUUUUGCUAGUGUGUACAGACAUAUACAAAUGCAAUUUAAAAAAAAAACCACUAGGCAAACAACCUCAGUUUAUUACUGCUACUGCCACCUAAGAGCUUGUAAAAUGCACUGUUUGGAGAAGUAUAAUCAAGGGACUCAGAAAAGGUGAAUAUAUGCUCUAAAGAUAACACUAGUUUUUAUCUUGAAUUUCAUUGCUAUGUUGAAGUGUUAGAAGUGGAAAUCUGAAUGAAAAUCAGUAUUGAAGUUGAUGAAAAAUUCAACUUGGCUGCCACUAGUUUUCAGUUUGGAAACCUGAUGAAAUUUGCCAUACCAGUGUUUCAUUACUUAGGUCAGUAUAUACAAGGUUUCUAUGGAACUAAAAAUGUUACUAGCUUAUUAGCUUUGCUGUCUCGUACUGUGUCUAUCCUUCUACACCACUGGAACGGCUGCAGUGUUCUCUUAUGGGCCUAAAUUAUCCCACUUGAGUCAGUGUAGAUGUUUAAAAGAAUGAAGUAUUAGAGCUGAAUGGACCAAACUGAAAUUGGUAUCCUUUUAAUGUGGAUUUUGCAUCAAAUCAUGGCAAGGGAGAUUUGCAAUGUGAAACAUUCUUUCAUCAUUCAGGCUUCUUUAAAGAAGAAAAUGAUGUUAUUACUGAGCCGAAUCACAUAGAGAGGAAAUAUUUUUUCCUCUAGGAAAACAUUCACUGUAGGUAAGGUUAUGUAUGCAUGUGUCCAUGUUUAAAAGGAGUGUGAGAGUACACAGGUCUCAUGCAUUACUCAUACUCCAAGAUUAUGCUUUUUCCCUUUGCCCUUCUGAUUGACUGCUGGAGGCUUAGCAUUUUCCACAGCUUUGAGUCAUGUUAAAUCACUCUGCAACACGGAAACAGUGAUUCUCUCCUUAUUGGGUCUCUAAACAGCCAUAUCUAAAAAACCCACCAGCUAGCCAGUCUCUGUGCCUAGACUUUCAGCAGAAGGUACAUUGGCUGGGGUGUGCAGAGAUGUACACUGGUUCUUGAGUUUUGUGGAAAUCCGCACUUACAUGUACAGAGCAGUUUCUGCACACAAACUAUGUGUGACAGCAAGCAUUUGAGCUCAUUAGGACUAAAAACCAUGUCAACUGGAUCCCAUUUGAAGUAUCAGAUCUUAAGUUUUUCUUAGCUUUCUGCUUAGACUGACACUCUCUGGAGUCGAAAUCAAUGACCAUUCUGCCAGCAAAGUCUUGCCAGCACUUGUCUGCUGCAGAAUAUGAGUCUCUCAGAUGCUUCUCGGGAGCUCUGUUACAAUAGGCAACCCUGCUUGAGUGUCCUCCUGGUAUUUCCCUUAGCCCAAUUCAUAAUCAUUAGUUUCAAGUACAGGAAACACAACUUUAGACAUUGCCCUGGGGAAUUUCAGUAAAUCGGAAGAGAAAGCUCUAUGUGUUCAUGGUACAUAAAAUCACUUCUGAAGUUAAGGUCUCAGUUGCACAGUGAAAAGUGUCGGGAGUUUCUACCCAGAGUUAAAGGGAGAGAGAGUAGGUGAACUUUGAAUUCCUGACUGUUGCAAGCGCCACAAAAAUGAUAGCCAUGAAUCAGUCAGCAGCAGCAGAAAAACAACUUGGGGGCUUCUAAUGACAACUAAUAUUAUCGUGGCUUUAUUAUUUUUAUAGUUACACUGACUGAACGUGAUGUACUGUACGAAGUAAAGCUAGUAUUAGGCUUCCAGGUGUGUCGUGGCAUUCAAGACAUAGCAACAGAAGUUUGCAUGUGAAGAAGACUUACAGUGCUACUAAAGCAAUGUUACCCACCCGAUCGAGUCCCUUAGGAAUUUAAUGUUUUGCUGUUUUACAUCUCCUGGUUUCCAUGCCAAGUAUAAUAAAAUGAACACUGUCUUAA